UAUACAUACAUGUAAACAUAGGCCGCCUCCGCCUCCGGCUGUCUGUCAGAAUUCCGUCAGGGUUUUUGACCGAAACGCCCUCCCCGAAUAAAGGGCUUCAUCAAUCAUUAGGGUUUAACACCUCUCCUCCGAGGGUUUCUCUGUACAGAUCAAUUCUUCAUCAGCUCUGCGAAUCAAUGGCGAACGGAUUAAUGAAAUUGACCCGGUUUGUCUCUCGCUCUUCUCUCCUUCUCCGUCAAUGCCACCAGCCCUCGUCAUUUUCUCGUCUCGGUGCUCAGGAAUAUCUCCAGACAGCGGAGGUGAUGAGCAGAAGUGGGAUGAAUGUUUCUAAAAGAGUUGCUGUAACUACCUUCGACGAAGCAAAGAGGGCUUUAUCAGAUACUUAUGCUGUAACAGAGCUGCUUGGUCCACUGAAGUCUGGGAUUUCCAAACGAUCUGCUGUGAAUGUGUGUGACAUUCCUAAGGCUGCACUUGGAGCUAAUGGUAUGGCUGUUUUAUCUAGAUGGCAAGAUGCAAGGGCAUCUGUUGUCACUUCUUCAACAUUAGGUAUCACCAGUAGAUGUGAUACAAGUGCUAGAGGGCCGUGCUUUGCUAGGUUUAUGUCAUCAAAAUCUUCAGAAAAAAGAGAACAAACUGCAUCUGAGAGCAAAAAAGAAAUAUCAACAGUGGAGGAUCCAUUUGAUGCUCCUACAUAUAAUAUACCAGAGAAGCCUGUUACAUUUGCAGAGGGAGCUUCCUACAGUUUUAUCAUCCUUGCAGGGCUUGGAGUUGCAGCAGCUGCUGGAUAUGCAGUUUUUAAGGAGCUCAUAUUUCAACCAAAAGAGUAUAAGAUCUUUGACAAGGCUCUUAAAAGGAUUCAAGAUGAUAGCCAGGUUAGGGUAAGGAUUGGUUCCCCGAUAACUGGUUAUGGGCAAGAAACUAGAAAUCGAGCUGCUCGCCAACGUAUCCCAAAUAGGGUAUGGACUGACGAAGAUGGUGUAGAGCGAGUAGAGGUGAAUUUUUAUAUCCGUGGGCCCCAUGGAGCUGGGAAAGUUUAUACCGAGAUGUUCAAGGAUCAAGUGGACAAGCAAUGGAAGUUCACAUACUUGAUCGUUGAGGUGAAAUCACCUUCUCCAGCCCAAUUGAUCCUAGAAUCUUAUAUGCCUGCCUGAAUUUUGUGCACAACCAAUUCGCUCAAGAUUUUGUAUCAAAUUAUAACAUGGUUUUAGAAUCAUCUCAUGUUUAUAAUAUUUCUUCCUCCUCUCACCCCAUUUAAACUUUUCGACUCGGUUAGGCUAAUUUUUUUCAAGUUCAAUAUUUCUGAUUACCACCUCGACUCCUAGAGAGAGUUCCAUUCCAAUAAGUAAUACUCAUUCGACGUGCUUCCACUUGAUACAACAAGUGAGUCAGGAAGUUUUGCCCAUAGGAUCGAUUUUCUCUUAAAAGGUCAGAUUUAUUCUUUUCAUAUGUCUUUGUUUAUGUGCAAAAAAAGGUUCCAGAUUUUUUCUCUUGUGACUGUGAGGUGAAGCUUACCCCACUAUGUUAUGAGACACAACAAGGAAUCAACUGGAAAUUGGAAGGUAUCGAAGCUUUAUUUAUUUGUUUUCUCUUAGCUUUGUAUAACUUGGCAUGCUGUGUUAAAAAACUCUCUUUGCCCUUCACCAACAUGUCAUAAAAGUAUGGAACAAUAAAGACUUGUGCCAAUAAAUGGGUGGCAGUUAUUUUUGUGA